AUGCUUUAUACACAAUUUGCUUGCCUUAAACUACUUGGCAUUAUAUUACUUUUGACUUCGAAAGUAUAUGCUGUUUCUGUGAACCCUUUACCUGCUCCAAGGAAAAUAAAUUGGGGUGGUGACAUUAAUAGUCCCAUUCACAUAAAUCCGCAGUUAAGUUUAAAGCUCACAAAUCGAAAAGAUUCACAUGGAAGUCAAGUGAUAUUAUUUCAGGAAGCCUUUCAAAGAAUGGUAAAGACCAUAAAGAACUUGAAAUGGUCUCCAGUCUUUGUGGAGAAACCUAUUUCUAGUUUUGAGCCCUACCCAACUACAUCUUCAGUUCUUAAGUCAAAAAGAGGUGCCAACCUUGCAGUUAGUAAGGUUAUCGCAACGAUUGAUGAUUUAGAUGCAGAAUUUCAAUUAGGCGUAAAUGAAACAUACCUGUUAGAGAUAUCUAGGAGUAGUGAUGGAAUUCAAAUCAGUGCUGGCACUAUUUGGGGUGCGCUUCAUGCACUUCUGACUCUUCAGCAACUCAUUAUUUAUGAAAAUGGAGCGUAUAUUGUCGAGGAUUCAGUUGAAGUUUGGGACGAGCCAUUGUAUCAACACAGGGGAGUAAUGAUCGACUCUGGUCGUAAUUUCCUCUCCAUAAGCUCGAUUUGUGAUCAAAUUGAUAUAAUGUCUUUAUCGAAGCUUAAUGUGUUACAUUGGCACUUGGCAGAUUCCCAAUCCUGGCCAAUUGAAAUACUUUCCUAUCCUGUAAUGAUAAAAGAUGCUUACUCACCUAAGGAAGUAUAUACUCAAGAAGAUAUAAAGUAUGUUGUUAACUAUGCUAAGAAUCGAGGCGUUCGUGUUAUCCCUGAAAUUGAUAUGCCCGGCCACUCUCGAGCAGGUUGGCGGAAAGUCGAUCCAAAUAUAGUUUCAUGUGCAAACAGUUGGUGGUCCAAUGAUGUGUGGUCUGAACAUACUGCUGUUGAACCUCCUCCAGGACAACUUGAUAUUUUAUACAAUAAAACGUAUGACAUUGUGAAAAACGUCUAUGAUGAGCUUAGCUCUUUAUUUGGAGAUAAUAUCUUUCAUGUUGGCGCAGAUGAGUUGCAAAGCAAUUGUUACAAGUUUUCAAGUUCUAUUCAAAAUUGGCUCGAUGAAGAUUCUUCCCGCACUAUUAAAGAUGUAACUCAACUUUGGGUGGAUAAAAGUCUUCCUAUCUUCAAUAAUACCAAAAAUAGAAGAUUGAUGAUGUGGGAAGAUAUAAUAUUGACAGCUGAAGGAGCCUUCAGUUUACCUAAGGAUGUAAUUUUGCAAUCAUGGAACAAUGAUCUAGUGAAUAUUAAAAAUCUAACGUCUCGAGGAUAUGAUGUCGUUGUCUCUUCGAGUACUCACUUUUAUCUUGACUGUGGAUACGGUGGUUUUGUCACUAAUGAUCCGCGUUAUGUUGACUCCUCAUCAAAUGACGACUUCAAUGAAGGAUUAGGAGGGUCAUGGUGCGCUCCGUACAAAACAUGGCAGCGUAUCUAUUCUUAUGAUUUUACUGCAAAUCUAACAGAGGAGGAAAAGUCGCAUGUAAUUGGUGCUGAAGUUGCCUUGUGGUCUGAACAGGUUGACUCAACGGUUUUGACUAUUAAAACAUGGCCACGCCUGGCAGCUUUUGCAGAAAUGAUGUGGAGUGGUAAUACAAAUUCCGAUGGAUAUUUGAGAACCAAUGAUCUCACUCAACGGAUACUUAAUUACAGGGAAUAUAUAGUAUCCUUGGGAUACGCAGCUAGUCCCCUUGUUCCUAAGUUUUGUGGUCAAAAUCCACACGCUUGUGAUCUUUACAAGAACCAAACAAUAAUGGACAUGUAUGGACAGCAGUAA